AUGAGAACCGGCAGCACGGAUUCAGAUGAUUCUAGCUCCGGCAUCGCUCGGGUUUCCUCCAAGAAAAAGGAUCGGCCAGAUGUCUUGCGGAAGAAGGAAGAGCAGAAGGCCGAAGAGGAAAGACUUUCGCGUCAGCAGUGGGCCGAAUCCAAAAUCCUCGAGGAACAGGUUGCUCGUCGUCUAGAGCGCUACCUAGAAAACGAGCUCGCAGCGCUUUUGAAAAAUCGCGAAGAGGAAUUUCUCGCCGAAAUCGAGCGUCGAGUAAAGGUUGAACGUGAAGCGCUAGAACAAAGACGUCGGGAAGAGGCCGAGCGGAAGGCACGAGAAGAAGAGGAGCUGCAGAAAAGAAAAGAGGUUUGUUCUGGUCUCGGUUUUUCUUCCUUAUCUGUUUUAUAA